AUGUUAGGAAAAUCCGUUGUGAUUAUUGUUAAUUUGUGCAUUUUACUUGGAUUUGUGAGUGGUCAAGGCCAACAGCUGCUUCUGAACAAGCUGGUAUGCAUCGAACAUCAAGAGUGCGGAGCGUGCCUCUCGGCCGCUGCCCACUGUCGAUGGUGCGCCGACCCAUACUACAAUUCCGCGGCACCGCGGUGCAACGACGAUGAAAGCCUAGUGUCAAAUGGAUGUAGCCAAGGCAUGAUCCAAAGACCGGAGAAGUCUAUAUGGGAAGUAGCUGAGAAUCACUCUUUACAAGAUAUGCAACCGGGCAGUAACGAAGCAGUUGUUCAGAUACAACCACAAAGAAUAAAGCUUUCUCUUAAACCACGAGAAACUCAGAAGAUACGAUUUUCCUACAGACCUGCGAAAAAUUAUCCCUUAGAUUUAUACUAUUUGAUGGAUCUGACGUGGUCCAUGAAAGAUGAUAAAGAAACACUGGUGUCUUUACGUGACGAUUUGCCGACACUCUUAAAGAAUCUAACGGACAAUUUCAGACUUGGUUUUGGUAGCUUUGCGGAGAAACCUUUGAUGCCCUAUAUUAGCGUCGAUCCCAGAAGACUUACCAACCCUUGUUCAGUUGAACAGCAAGCCUGUGAGGCUACUUACAGUUACAGACAUCAUCUUUCUUUAACUAAUAAGGUAAACGAGUUCAUUGAACAUGUAAACAGUAGUUCAGUUACGGCGAAUUUGGACAAUGCGGAAGCACAAUUAGAGGCUCUUGUUCAGGCGAUAGCAUGCGAUUCGAAAGUCGGCUGGUCGACGCAGAGCCGAAAAAUUGUCUUACUGUUAACUGACGGCCUGAUGCACACCGCUGGAGAUGGAAAGCUUGGUGGAGCGACUUUGAAGAAUGACGAAAGCUGCCAUCUUAAUGAAGAUGGCUACUAUUCUGAAGCUGGUAUUUACGAUUACCCGUCCGUAGCGCAAGUGUACCGAAUGUUAGAUAAGUACAAGGUGAACGUAAUUUUCGCAGUAACAGAAAGUGUCAAAUAUCACUAUGAUAGUUUGCACCGGCUGUUAGAAGACUACACGUAUGUGGCUAAGUUGGAAAGCGACAGUUCAAACAUAUUGAAAUUGGUUAAAAUGGGUUACGAAGACAUCGUGAGCGUCGUUGAUUUUGAAGAUGACUCCGAAUCGGGUCCGGUGAAGGUCAAAUACUUUACGGACUGCGGAGUGAAAGGCACAUUCGUGGAGGCGACGCGUUGCACCGGUGUCGAAUAUGGCAUGACCCUAAAUUAUGAAGCCUAUGUCAGUUUGGAUUCUUGUCCGGAGUACAAAAAGAUGAGCCAAAUAAUAAAAAUAUCCGAAAAUCAACUGGGACAAGACUCUCUGACCCUGGAAGUGGAUAUACAAUGCGGUUGUGAGUGCCAAGGCGACCUGCAGAAAGACAUAUCCCUGACGUGUCCGUUCAAUUCGCACAUCGUCUGCGGAGUUUGUCAAUGUAAUAAAGGAUGGUCGGGCCCGUCAUGCGACUGUUCUAUCGAAGAUGAAUCGGCCUCGGCGAUAUUGAUGUCGCAGUGUCGAGAGCCGAAUUCAACGCGAAGUAUAGCGUGUUCCGGUGCUGGCGACUGUGUGUGCGGGGAAUGUCAGUGCGAUCGCGGUUUUAGUGGCCGCUACUGCCAGUGCAAAGCUUGCGAGUUGAGUGUCGAGAACGAGAUGGAGUGCGGUGGCGUGGGACGCGGAGUGUGCGUGUGCGGGACGUGUGCGUGCGCGAAGGGCUGGCGCGGUGAAGCGUGCGACUGCCCGGACACCGACGACGCCUGCCUGCCGCCCGGCUCCGAUCUCGUCUGCUCCGGACACGGGGACUGUGUGUGUGGCCAGUGUCAGUGCUCAGUGACAGAAGAAGAUGGCAGCAAGUAUAUCGGCGCGUUUUGUGAGACGUGCGCGACCUGUGUGAACCCGCUAUGCGUUAACGCGGAGCCUUGUGUCCUGUGUCAUUUGAAUAGCAGCUGUACUGACCUGUGCACCAUUGGAAAUAUUAAUUAUACAGUCAGCGAACGAAUGAAUGAACCAGCAAGUGCUGACGAAUUUGAGACUUCGUGUAUUCUACGACGCUACGAAGAUGGUCUUGAAUGCGAGUACAAAUAUACGUAUUACGCUGGUGCUCAAGCUAUGAUUGCUAUGGAAAUCGUCAUCAGAUCCAAAGAGUGUUAUCAAACUACUAGUGCAAGAUUAACGAUGAGUGGUCUAGUUAUAAUUGCAUGUGUUGUAGCAGCUGGUGUUGUGGUGAUUUUGGGAGUCAAAAGUGCGCAAAUUGUGUCUGAUAGACGGGCGUACGCAAAGUUUGUCCAAGAAGCACAGGAGAGUAGAAAAAAUAUGCAAGAGCUCAACCCAUUAUACAUUUCACCCAUUUCAGAAUUUCGAAUGCCUGAUUCGUUUCCUAGAGAUAAAAACGAUUAA